UUCUGAACAAUCUCAUCACAACCGGAGUCCCUACAUUUAAGAUUGUACCAGAAGAUAGUUCUGUAAAGCAAUUGUUUGGUGGAAUUAAUGAUACUUUCUUUGACAUAUUAAGAAGUUACUUACCUUGUGAUUUUGCUUCUACGUGUCAUGUUGGAAUUCCAAAACACGAUUGUAUUUGUUUGGAUGGAUAUUUUGGGGAUGGUUUAAGUUGUUUUGGUUAGUAGUGUCGAAAAUAGAACACACUGUUGUUUAGGGCGGUUUAUCUCUGUCCGGCGCCAUAGCACAGUUGGUAAGAGCGCCUGCCUCUAGCCCAGAUGUAAUGGGUUCAAGGCUCGUCACUGCUACCGUUGUGGACUUAUGUGUCCUUUUUGUUCUAACCCAGUGGUCACUAAUGGGUUGUUCAAAUUAUCAGCCACACAAGAAAAAAAAAAACAAAUAAUCACCCACAAAGUAACAGACUUAGUAACCUUUAAAAAAUACUAAUGUUAAUGCAUAUGUUUUUACUUUGGAUAAUCCUAAAUUUUUUCUUGUCCUUUAAAACCUGCUUAACUUUUGGUUGGCGAUUAAUCUGUUAAAUUGUAUUGUGUUCUACUAAAAGGAAAUCUACUAGAUUUAUUAUAUUUCUGCCAGCUUUAUUAUACACCAAAAAUGUGUUUCUGCAAUCUUGAAGUAAUUUUUACUGUGUUAAAACACACGUGUCUAGAUAUUGAUGAAUGUGCAACUGGGGUCCACAACUGUGACAUGUAUGCAGCUAAUUGUUACAACACAAUUGGUUCAUUCUCAUGUUCAUGCAAGAGUGGUUUCAUUGGCAAUGGGUUGGUUGGUCAAUGCAGAGAUAUAAACGAAUGCUUCCUUACUGACUUUGCUCGAGCUCAAAACUUCAUUCAACCUGAAAUUCCAAAUUUUCUUGAUCUUACAUUCAACCAAUCAAAAUCAAUACAAGCAUUCUGUGCUGGAGACUUGGUGUAUACACUUUGCAAUGGAGACUGUAAGGCUUCAUGUGAAAACCAAUUUUGUGCAACUGUGUGUACGCCCGGUUGUGCAUGCCCACUUGGUUACUUAAGAAGAAGUGUGGGGUCGGUCCGAUGUGUGCAAUUACAUGAAUGUGUUGCUGACACAUCUGGUUCAGGAUCUGGCCAUUACUCAGGAUCAGGGAUGGAUGCAACUGAUGCACAUAGUGCACACGAUGCACAUGAACCACACCACUUGUUUCCAUUUCAUGAAGUAAAACUCUUAGAGUUAUGGCAUUGCAUUACAUAUUAUGUGAAGACAUAUCCACAUUACACUGAACACUUAUCUACAAACGAAUUAUUGGACCUAAUUGAGAAUGCGGCAUUUGCACACUGCUUGCAUUUUGUUGAUGAAACAAACUUCAACAAAAUUAUCCAUUUUGAUCUUCAUAAAUAUGUGGUGGGCAAUAUACUGAAUGUUUUUGGGCAUUUCUCUCUUAUUGAUCAUUCAGCAAGUUUAAUUAAAAAUUUUUCUGAUGCAAUUCCUCCACAAGCUUGUGCAAGUAGUGGAAUAAGCCGCAAGAAGAGACAAGUAUUAUUCUCAACAGAUACAGGUGCACCACCAGCAGAACCAGUGUCACCUGUACCAUUUCUAGGAGAAGAACCAACAGUUGACCCUGUUGAUAUUCCUAUCGAACAUAUUCCUUUUUCAGGUUCUGGAUAUCUUCCACCAGUUGAUUAUGAACUCCAUGAUGAUUCUGGUGCUGGGUCAGGAUUUUUACAUUAUGCCCACUAUGCUGUUGAUGCUGCAGCACCACUGGAAACUGCAGCAGUUAGUCCUUUUUUUCCACCCAUACCUUGCUACAAUGAACAUGAUAUUAGUCAACGAAUGGUUGACAAUUUGUUCCCAUGUAUUGUUAAACGUCUACAAAGUAGUAACCAAAUUAACUUCUUCACAAACUUGAACAAGAUUGGUUGGUUUAUAAAACACGACGUUAUUGAUUGGUGUAUUAAUAAAUCUGGUCUUGAAUACCAUGCAAGUGCUGUAUUUAGCGCAUUAACCAACAUUGAUGGAAUAUUAUCAUACCUUCCACACAAUGUUACCACACAUUCACUUAUAACAGUAUUUCCAGGAGUGGAAGCUUUAUUCUACCCACCUCAGAUUGAUUUCAAAUUGUUCUCACAAGUCAUGGCAUCAGAUGCACUUACUGACUUAAAAAAUUAUAUUGAUGAGUCAUCAAUAGUGGAAGCUGUCAAUCAAGCCAACAGUGUGAUGGGAAUUGCUUUAGGUGGUUCUGCUGUUCCAUUCUGUGCUGAUUGCAUAAUAGAAACAUUGGUCAACACUCCUCUUAAUACUUCACUGUUGGACUUAGCAUUGAGAAACGCAAGUAGUUUUGGUGGAUUGAUCAAUGUACUUAACAACCAAGUCCCUCUAAAUUUGUUCAGCACAUUCCAUACAUGUGGCUGGAAUACAACUUGUACAAACACACCUGGAAAUUAUGACUGUUCAUGCUACCCUGGAUUCACUGGCAAUCCUUUUAAUGGCUGCCACGACAUCAACGAAUGUGAAAUGAACAUAUGUGAUGUUAACGCUCAAUGUAACAACUCUGUUGGCAACUUUUCAUGCGAAUGCAAAUAUGGAUUUACUGGUGAUGGUAUUUACUGUAAAGACAUUGAUGAGUGUGCUGAAGGUGUUGUGAACCGCUGUGAUCCUGAUGCAACCUGUUUUAACCAGCCAGGCUCCUAUGAUUGUAUUUGCCCCUUUGGCACCUUGGAUAUACUUGGUGAUGGACAAUAUUGCCAUGAAAAAGUUAAAGACUGUGUUCCUAUUAUUGAUGGGCCAUCUCAACCUUGUGACAUUGACCCAAAUUCUCUCUCAUGCGAAUUACAAACAGAUUAUCCGGAUAAAGCAAAAGCAGUCUUUGAAUUAAUGAUUGGUGAAUUCACUCUUCCACGAGAAAUCCAAUCCCGCGGAUGCGGUUCUUUUGAUUACAACUUCGGAAGUAUCCUGCCUCCAUCUGAAGUCCCUCGAGACAUUUUUUCUCCAGGUUUUUUGGAUCCUCUGGACUUGAUCCCAGUUGCUCCUCCAGAGGAGGACUUUUUGGAUGACCUCCCAAGUCUUCCAGCACUUGGGGAUGAUAACACACUCAGAAGUUUUCUGACCAGUCAACUAAGCCUUUUCAGAACACGCAGAGAUACUGAAGGUGUAAGCACCAUGGGACAUGAAACACCAGCAGUGUCAAUGGCCAUACCAACACAUAGCAGCAACAAGUUUUUGUGCAAUGAGAUCACUAAUACUACCUACAGGACAAAUGCACAUAUGGAUUCCAACCACACAGUUGAGCUUUUUCACUACAAUGGGCACUUUCAGUGGUUCCAGCAAACACUAUGUGAUCCUAACUCCCCAUGUAUUGGUUCUCUUUUUAUGUGUGUACAGCGCUAUGUACCCCAACGAGCUGCCAUAAUUAUUAAAACAAACGGCAAAAUUGAUGUCAUGCUCACUGACAUUAUGAUUGAGAGCUCAUGCUCCCCAACUCUACAUUAGUUGUCAUGAUCUUGUGGUGAUGUUUUAAGUGGUCUUCUGGGUAUCUCUACUUACAGUUUAAGCAGUUUACGGCCCUCCCAAAAAAAUACUGUAUAACCCCAUCAACAUUGUCCUUAGGUCAUGCAUCAUGUUUACGACUUUGCUUACGUUAACA